UGCCAAUGAAGGCGAGCAGCUUGACGCUCCUCGCUGUGCUGGCCUCCGCGGCGCGCGCGGUCCGCGUCGGGCAGCCGGCGCAGCGCGCAGGCUCGCGCGAGGUCGUCGCGCGCGCCUCGGCAACGGCAACCGCCGCGGCCGCCUAUUCCACCUGGGCCGACCUCGCCUCGGAGCCUCAGCUGCUCCCCGAGGCGCAAGCGGCCCGGACAGUGAUGGAGGUGUCGCCGAUCGCGCAGCUGUGCCUCGCGUCGUCCGCCGACGGCGUCGACGGCACCGUCUGCGCGCGCCUCGUCGCUGGCUCUCCCAGCCGACCCGAGCCGGUACGGCUCGCGGGCGGCGACCAGAUCUUCGGUGUCGACGAGGACGGGUCGCCUCUCUUCGGGCUGCGGCCGGGCUCGCAGGCGGCGCUCGACAUUGCGGCGAGCGCGUCCGUCUCCUUCGCCGCCCACGCGCCCACGGGCGGCGCCCAGGCCGGCUGCGCCGUCACGCUGCUAGGCCCGGCCGCCGAGGCGGAGCUGCCGGCGGAGCUGGCGAAGAAGCUCGCGAGGCAGACCGGCGUGGGGAAGGAGGAGCUGGAGGGGCGGCAGUGGUGGCGGCUCGCGCCGUGUCACGUACACUUUACCGAUGCCCUCCACGCGCGCGACGCGUGGGUCUCGCCGGACGAGUACGCGGCCGCGCAGGCGAACCCGCUCGCCGAGUCGCUGGGCGCGGUCCUCGCCAAGCUCAACGCGAACCACGCCGCCGACCUCGCACGGCUUGCGGGGAUGCUGCAGGGCGAGGCGGCCGAGGCCGCGGCCCCCCUCGGAGAGUACGCCGCCGCCGACGAGGAGACGUUGUCUGCAGAGAUCCUCUCCGUCGACCCGGACGGUUUCGACCUCGGCUUGCGGCCCGCGGGCAAGGGCGGCGCCAUCGCGCCGCUCCGGAUCGGGCUGCGCGCGGGCCCGCAGACGCGCGAAGAGACGCUCUCCAUCUUCUCGAAGCUGUUCCAGGAGACGUAUGCGCGGCAGCAGGGCUGGCAGUGACGAGGCGGCUGCGGCCGGCGCGUUCUGGCCUGCCCUCCUUUUACCUUUACCUUCAGGCGAGAAGGAGGGUGUGCAAGACACUCGAAGUAGAGCCUAUCGCACGCGCCUCGGGGACGCACGUGUGUGGCCCAGCUCGGCGGAUGCCGGAACGGUAAAAGGCAUAUCCUAACCGUACACAGUGGCUGGCUUGUCGCAAGUUCCGCGUAGAGGGUGUGGAUGAUGGGUUGACGGAAAUCCGGGGACGCG